AUGAAGAUAUAUUUUGUAAUUAUAUUAUUUGCAGUUUUAAUUAGUACAGUAAUACAUGGAACUAAGAUAGUAAAUAAACAUUAUCAUGAAAAUUUUAUUCAUAUAUCAAGUCCGAAUGAUACAUUUAGACAAUUUCCAAAUAUUCUAUCUACAAUAAAAUGCUUCUUUUGUAAGAAAGUGAUUAAUUUAACCAGAGAAUUUAUAAUAAAACUUUCAACACUUCAAACAAUUCAUUUUAUUAUACAAGAAAUGUGUUCUGUAGUGGAAGAUUAUACACUAGUGUGUUAUGAUGUGGCUUCACAAAUAGUUGAUUCAUAUCUUAUAAUAUUCAACAGAACUGAAGCUGUAGAUACUUGUAUGUUGGAUUUUAGCUAUAAAGAUAUAGCAUGUAACCUUAUGGGAUUGGUCCAAGAAAAAAGUUUACAAGUUAUGAAAGAAGAACAAUUCACUAGAAAUGUAGUUGAAUAUAUUUUGUUGAUGAUAUGUGAAAAUAUCAAUGAUUUCAGUGAAAAACAUCAGUGCAAACGCGUGCUAACUAGUGAAACUCAAAUGUUCCUACAAAAUUUGAUUGAAUUCAUUGAAGCCAAUCGUUUGAAUGCAAAGUUAAGCUGGUGUCAGCCAACAUCAGGAGCAUUUCAAAUGAAUAAUUCCACGUUUUUAUGUUCAACAUGUGAAACGGUUGUAUCGUUUUUGAAAACUCUCUCUAAAUCUGAAGAAAUAAAACCAAUUUUACAUGGAGCUUUAACUAAACUUUGUUCAUUAACUGGAACUUUUCAAACCCAAGUAAAAAUUAUAUGCAUUACCUUGUGA